ACCCCCGUUCUUUCCUCCUGAUUUUGUGGCACCCAAAGGAUUGCGUGAACCUUCAGUCAUGUGCCCGAUGCCCGAGUUCAAGGCUCCACGAUGUCCAUGGCAACCUAGAGCAGGAAAAUUCAAACAGCUGUUGCCAGGUCUCCAAAUAUCAAGCCAGGAGUUAAGGGAUUUGGACAUUUCUGGUCAGUUUGCACUUGAACCGCCACCUAAAGAAAGGUUGAAAGACAAGAAGCAGGCAGCGGCAAUGGAAGCAGCAAAGGCAGCAGCGAAGUUAGUGGCUGACCAGGCUGCGGCUAAAGCAGCAGCAAGCAUAAUCCCUCCACUAGCACCACCCAUAGGUUCAUCAUCACCACGGAAAAAAUGCCCACACCUGGGGACCACUUUUGCACUUAAGGAUCUAACUAUUGACUACGCACCAUUGCCUCCAGUUGCCCAAGAUCCCAAUGCCCCCGGAGCUCACAGCAGACCACCAUCGAGAGUGCAGACCAAUUUGCCUUCACCAAGUGCCAAUGUGCCAUUCCUGGAGGCCGGCCCUUUCACGGACUGGACCACAACAUGGAAAGCACCUCCUGACAUCUUGCCAAUCAACGUUCGACCACCGAGUGUUCAAGGUCCACCACAAAGUCCAGACUGGACCUUAUUGCUUCCCCAAGUUCAACGAAAAGGACAUCUCAUACUGCCGGAUACACCUCAUUUCACUUUGACCCCAACCCCAAAACGUUUCCAAGAUGUGUCAAUAAGUCCCUUUUUCGAUACAGACUGGGAGGCAGCGAGCAAUGCAUACAAUACAGGUUGUGUGGGAUAAACAAGCUCACACUGAACCCCCCACUGAAUCUGCAAUAUGUAAAGUACAUGUGCAAUGACUCCGCCACCCUCUCUUAAUUCUCCAAAUUCAUACAGACGUGGACUUAAUUCUCUAGGUACAGUAAUGUUGAAAAAUGCAACUUUCGUGAAUUACGAUGAUCCGCACGGACUGCGUAGAAUGAUCAGAGACGCAUUGGCACCAACCUUACUUGCUCAAGAACACGCUGCUGGUUGCUGCUCACCUCCAAACCAACAGCCCCACAGAGACGUCCUUUAUUCGCCUGCCCAAAGGUCAUCACAUUGUGGACUUGUCGUCAAAAA